AUGCCAGGAGGUGUGGGUGCUGGUUCGGGAGGCAUGGCCAGCUACGGGGGAGGUUUGGGUGGUGCCGCGGCUCCGGGAGGUGGUGGUGGUGGUUCGGGCGGUUUCGGUCCGGGUGGUGCUGGUGCGGGUGCUCCUGGGGGCGGUGCGGCUGGCGCGGGUGGUCCUCCGGGCGUUGGUGGCGUGGGUUCGAUUCCUGCUGGCGGCGCUGGCGCGGGUUCGGGUUUCCCCGCGGGCGCAGCACCCCCGGGCGCGCAGGGCAUGGGCGGAAUGGGCGCAGCGGACGCGGCCGCGCUCGCCAACAUGAAUCUCAUGAUGAUGGCGGGGAUGAGGGGAAUGGGGGGCAUGGGCGGAAUGGGCGCAAUGGGCGCAAUGGGCGGAAUGGGCGGAAUGCAAGGAAUGGGGGGCAUGCCGGGAAUGGGAGGCAUGGGCGGAAUGGCGGGGAUGGGGGGAAUGGGCGGGAUGGGGGGCCCAGGGGGGGCGAUGAUGGGCGCGGGCGGGAUGGGGAUGAUGGGCGGGGGUCCGGGGGCGGGGAUGGGGGGGGGCGCGGGGAUGAUGGGCGGGGGGCGCGCAGGUGCGCGGCAGAUCCCGGUGGUGAAGCUGCGCGGGCUGCCGUUCCGCGUGGAGGAGGGGGACGUGGCGGACUUCUUUGCGGGGCUCGAGAUCGUGGACAUUCUAUUCGUGCGCAAGGAGCAUCGCCUCGUGGGGGAAGCGUUUGUGCUCUUCGCCUCCACUCUCCACUCCGAGCUUGCACUACAGGUGGGUGGGCGCGAGGUGGGCGCGGGAUGGGCGCGGGGGAUGGACGCGGGAUGGGGGCAGGUGGGAUGGGGGCAGGUGGGAUGGGGGCAGCGCAACAAGAUGCACAUGGGGCGGCGGUACAUCGAGCGCAACAAGAUGCACAUGGGGCGGCGGUACAUCGAGGUGUUCCGCGCCAAGAAGGCGGAGUUUUACAACGCCAUCGCCAACGAGGUGGCGCAGGACGGGGGGACCUACCACGGCGGAGGGCAAGUUGCAGCAAGGGGCGCCAAGACGGCGGAGUAUUAUAACGCCAUUGCCAACGAGGUGGCGCAGGAUGGGGGGACCUACCACGGCGGGGGCCAAGAUAGGUGGCGUGGGGGAGGGCAAGGUGGGUGGGAUGGGGUGGGUGGGCGAUGGGGGAGGGCAAGGUGGGUGGGAUGGGGUGGGUGGGCGAUGGGGGAGGGCAAGGUGGGUGGGAUGGGGUGGGUGGGCGAUGGGGGAGGGCAAGGUGGGUGGGAUGGGGUGGGUGGGCGAUGGGGGAGGGCAAGGUGGGUGGGAUGGGGUGGGUGGGCGAUGGGGGAGGGCAAGGUGGGUGGGAUGGGGUGGGUGGGCGAUGGGGGAGGGUGGGAAAUGGGGGAGGAUGGGCCAUGGGAAAGGGUUCUCAAAGAUAGAGGGGGGCGGGGGGAGCGGGGGUAUGGGGGCGAGGGCAUGGGCGGGCAUGCACAUGCGGCCUAUGGGGGAGGCGGAGGGGGAGGGGGAGGGGGAGGGCGCGGGGCUGAGGGGGGAAUAGGCCCUGCAGCGCGGGAAUCAAGUAUUGUGAAGAUGAGGGGUCUGCCGUUCUCUGCCACCACCAAGGACAUUCUCGAAUUCUUUGGCGAGUACCCUCUGGCAGACGCAGCAGUGCACAUCAUCACCAACAGCAUCGGCCGUCUCACAGGGGAGGCCUUUGUGGAGUUUGGCUCCACAGACGAGGCGAGGGCGGCGCUGGGCAAGGACCGGGAGCGCAUGGGCACGAGAUACAUCGAGCUCUAUUUGUCGUCGCGGGAUGAAGCGACAAGGAUAGCCACGCGGGCGAGCACUCAGAGAUGA